AUGGUUCCUACUACCACGCCUGUGGCUCCUACUACAACACCGAUCGUUCCUUCUACAACGCCUGUGGCUCCUACUACCACGCCUGCAGCUCCUACUACAACACCGAUUGUUCCUACUACCACGCCUGUGGCUCCCACUACCACACCUGUGGCUCCUACUACAACACCGAUUGUUCCUACUACCACGCCUGUGGCUCCUACUACAACACCGAUCGUUCCUUCUACAACGCCUGUGGCUCCUACUACCACACCUGUGGCUCCUACUACAACACCGAUUGUUCCUACUACCACGCCUGUGGCUCCUACUACUACACCGAUUGUUCCUACUACAACACCGAUCGUUCCUUCUACAACGCCUGUGGCUCCUACUACCACGCCUGAGGCUCCUACUACAACACCGAUCGUUCCUACUACCACGCCUGUGGCUCCUACUACCACACCUGUGGCUCCUACUACCACACCUGUGGCUCCUACUACAACACCGAUCGUUCCUUCUACAACGCCUGUGGCUCCUACUACCACGCCUGUAGCUCCUACUACCACGCCUGUGGCUCCUACUACAACACCGAUCGCUCCUACUACCACGCCUGUGGCUCCUACUACAACACCGAUCGUUCCUACUACCACGCCUGUGGCUCCUACUACUACACCGAUCGUUCCUACUACAACGCCUGUGGCUCCUACUACCACGCCUGUGGCUCCUACUACAACACCGAUUGUUCCUACUACCACGCCUGUGGCUCCUACUACAACACCGAUUGUUCCUACUACCACGCCUGUGGCUCCUACUACAACACCAAUCGUUCCUACUACAACGCCUGUGGCUCUUACUACUACACCGAUCGUUCCUACUACAACGCCUGUGGCUCCUACUACAACACCGAUCGUUCCUACUACAACGCCUGUGGCUCCUACUACAACACCGAUCGUUCCUACUACCACGCCUGUGGCUCCUACUACCACGUCUGUGAGCAUCUGUGUUUUCUCGGUCCCGAUGACUCUCCAUCUCUCCUUCAUUGGCUGCUUGCUCUUCGCGGUCCCCGGCGCGGCUAAACUAAGACGCCUUCAAGUCUCUACCACUGACGCUCCCACCUACAGUCCUGGAGCUCGACAGCGUUGUGAUCUUUACUGCCAAAUUCCACCUGAAGCUACUGUACCGUCCUUGUCCACACCACCGUCGACUGACUCGGAAACCUGCGACCGUUAUUGUCAAAGCUUGAAUGGCCCUGCGAGUUACUGUAAAUGGUGGCAGUCGCCUGCUGUUUGUCAAUUCGGUGACCAGUUCUGUGGUGAUCACUCCGAUCGUUCCUACUACCACGCCUGUGGCUCCUACUACAACACCGAUCGUUCCUACUACAACGCCUGUGGCUCCUACUACAACACCGAUCGUUCCUACUACAACGCCUGUGGCUCCUACUACAACACCGAUCGUUCCUACUACAACGCCUGUGGCUCCUACUACAACACCGAUCGUUCCUACUACCACGCCUGUGGCUCCUACUACAACACCGAUCGUUCCUACUACCACGCCUGUGGCUCCUACUACAACACCGAUCGUUCCUACUACCACGCCUGUGGCUCCUACUACAACACCGAUCGUUCCUACUACAACACCGAUCGUUCCUACUACCACGCCGAUCGUUCCUACUACAACGCGUGUAGCUCCUACUACCACGCCUGUGGCUCCUACUACCACGCCUGUGGCUCCUACCACAACACCGAUCGUUCCUACUACCACGCCGAUCGUUCCUACUACUACGCCUGUGGCUCCUACUACCACGCCUGUGGCUCCUACCACAACUACGCCUGUGGCUCCUACUACCACGCCUGUGGCUCCUACUACUACGCCUGUGGCUCCUACUACUACGCCUGUGGCUCCAACUACUACACCGAUCGUUCCUACUACAACGCCUGUGGCUCCUACUACAACGCCUGUGGCUCCUACUACAACACCGAUCGUUCCUACUACCACGCCGAUCGUUCCUACUACCACGCCGAUCGUUUCUACUACAACGCCUGUGUCUCCUACUACAACACCGAUCGUUUCUACUACCACCCCUGUGGCUCCUACCACUACGCCUGUGGCUCCUACUACUACACCGAUUGUUCCUACUACCACGCCUGUGGCUCCUACUACAACACCGAUCGUUCCUACUACAACGGCUGUGGCUCCUACUACAACACCGAUCGUUCCUACUACAACACCGAUCGUUCCUACUACAACGCCAGUGGCUCCUACUACCACGCCUGUGGCUCCUACUACCACGCCUGUGGCUCCAACUACCACGCCGAUCGUUCCAACGGCCACGCCUGUGGCUCUGACGACGACGAUUCCUACUACAACACUCUCGGGGCCCAUCUUUGGGAGCGAUGGAGAUGUUACCACUCAAGCUGGCGAGUGCGACUCUUACUGUUUCUUACUCAACGGUGUGGGGAGCUACUGCAAGUCUUGGCUCAGUCCUCCCGUAUGCCAACUUGGUAA